AUGUUGUUGGAAAUAAUUGCAUUUGCUUUAAUUGCUGGUGCUUUGUUUUACUAUUGGGCCACCAAGAAUAAUAAUUUCUUUAAAGAACGAAAUUUGGAAUAUGAAGAACCACGGUUUUUGUUUGGCAACAGUUGGGAGAUGUUGAUGAAACGUAAGACGGGUUUUGAGUUUCUCUGUGAAGUACAUCAACGACAUAAGGGAAUGGUCUAUGGAGCGUUUGAUAUGCGUCAGCCGGUCUUAAUGAUACGUGAUCCAGAAUUGGUUAAACAAAUUUUAAUAAAAGAUUUCGAUCAUUUUGUAAAUCGCCAGGUAUCGAGUUCAGGGGCCACGGAGAAUUUAUUUUCCCAUUCGUUGUUUAUGAUGGAAAAUGAUAAAUGGCGUGAUAUGAGAAGUACAUUGAGUCCCGCAUUUACCGGUAGUAAAAUGCGUCAAAUGUUCCAGUUGAUGGUACAGACGGUAGAUGAGGCCAUGGCAUAUUUAAGAAGUCAACAAAAGUCGAUUGAGGGUAUCGAUGUCGACAUGAAAGAUUUAACUACGCGUCUGACAAAUGAUAUAAUUGCCUCGACGGCAUUUGGUCUGCAGGUGAAUUCAUUUCGUGAUAAGGAAAAUGAAUUCUAUAUUAAGGCUAAGCGGGCUGUCAGCUUUACGGGUUUGCAGCAGGUGAAAAUGCUGUUUAUUGUUAUCUUUCCAAAGUUGGCGGAG